UGCUUAUGAAAAUCAGAAUGUUAGUAAAGAAGGGUGCAUUAUUAUUACUAUAAAUUAUUAUUAUUAUUAUAAAUUAUUAUUAUUAUAAUUUGGAACAAAAUGCUCAUCUAUCUGGAGCAGGCGGGCACAAGAGAGAGAUUAGCGAGUGAACAAUGUAGAGGAGCCGAAGAAACAGCAUAAGAUUCUCCUCCGAGACCAUCUCCAUCUUCACCAACCAACCAGGAUUUGAUUUCCCAAUUUCCAAUUUCCACUUUCCAAUUCUUACGCCAGUGCCGUUGGAGUGACUGAUUUCUCUGGGAAAGAAACAACGUAGGACUGAAGGCAGCCGCUGGUGAGAUGAAGGUGUUGACCGGAGAAGGCGGUGGUGUUGGUGGGAAGACGGUGCUGGUCGGGGUGAAGUUAGAUUCACACAGCAAGGAGCUGCUGACGUGGGCACUCGUCAAAGUGGCGGAGCCUGGUGACAAUGUCAUCGCCAUCCAUGUCCUUGAGGACCACCUCCACACCCCCUCUGAGGGGACUUCUUCUUUGCUCUCACUGGUAAAGACAUUCGAUUCUGUGCUCUCUGCUUAUGAAGGUUUCUGCAACUUAAAGCAGGUUGAUCUGAAGCUUAAGGUCUGUAGAGGCAAUUCUGUCCGGAAGCUUCUAGUACAAGAAGCAAAAUCAUACAAUGCGGCUGCUACAAUUGUUGGAACUUCCAAAACUCACCAUAGAAUCGGGUCAUCUGCCUCUGUUGCCAAGUACUGUGCGAGAAAGUUGUCCAGAAGUUUCUCGGUUUUUGCCGUUGAUAAUGGCAAAGUCGUAUUCAAGAGGAACGGACCUGAUAGCAAUGCAGAUAAAAUUCAAGAUAAUGAUCAGAACCAGAGUUAUGUAAAUACUAGUUUGUCACUGAUCAAGAAUGCAAAAGUACCUAAUGAUGCUAAACUUAAUCAAUGUCGACAUCUAAUAAGAAAAUCUUGUUCCAAGUGUGGCAAGAAAACGCUAAAGAGAAAUUGUGAGAAUUGUGCAGCGGAUUCAGUUUUUCGGGAAACCUCUGGGACUCAAUUACCUGAUGAGUCGGAAGGGGAAGACGGUGAAGAAAAUUCACUGGCCUUGGUACCAAUCCAAAGACUCGACAUUUCAUCAAACUCUAUCAAGAUUCAAGAUUCACAGUGUUUCAAACCUGGUUGGUCACUUCUUCGUCACACAUUUCUACCAAAGCGACAAUGCAUGGAGAAAACUGAGAAAAAGACAUCUGUUUUUGGAUGGGCCUUGAGACCAUUGAGCUGGAAUACUUCAGCUGUUGUCUAUCCUGAUCACAAACUGGUGAAUUCUGGACAGGAUCAAGAUUGUUCUUCCAUGCUGAAUGGAAUAAGUGGAGCAAUUGUGCCGUUUGGGCCUAACGCAGUCUGCCCUCCUCUAUCUCCUCACCAUGGCAUGGAGCCCCUUCCUGAAGAAUUUUUGGAUUUAUGUAAGAAAUAUUCAUCCAGUUGUAGACUGUUUUGCUAUAAGGAACUUUUGUUUUGAGUUGACUCAAAGUUGGAUGUUAUACUAACAAUUCUUAAAUUGCAUUUUUCAGAGAACAUGGUUGGUAAAGGUGGCAGUAGUAGUGUUUAUAGAGGGUGCCUUUCAGAUGGCAAAGAGUUGGCAGUGAAACUCUUGAAGCCAUCUGGAGAUAUCUUGAACGAGUUUGUUCAUGAAAUUGAGAUACUCACAACUUUAAACCACAAGAACAUAAUCUCCUUAUUUGGAUUCUGCUUCGACGAAAACAACUUACUUUUGGUCUAUAAUUUCAUAUCAAGAGGAAGCCUAGAAGAGAACCUCUAUGGUAAUAAGAAGGAUGGUAAUGCAUUUGGUUGGAAGCAGAGAUAUAAUGUAGCCGUAGGUGUAGCAGAGGCCCUCGAUUAUCUACACUAUGGCUGUGAAGAACCUGUAAUCCACAGGGAUGUGAAGUCUUCCAACAUCCUUCUUUCAGAUGAUUUUGAGCCACAGCUCUCAGAUUUUGGACUUGCUAGUUGGGCAUCAACGUCAUCAGAUAUUAGUAGCACAGACGUUGCAGGAACAUUUGGUUACUUGGCUCCAGAAUACUUCAUGCAUGGCAAAGUGAGUGAUAAAAUUGAUGUCUACGCAUUUGGGGUUGUAGUCCUUGAGCUUCUUUCAGGGAGAAAACCAAUCUACAGUAAAGAUACAAAGGGCCAGGAAAGUCUGGUGAUGUGGGCAAAGCCAAUAUUGAAGAGUGGGAACGUGGCCCAACUGUUAGAUCCGAGCCUGGGUAGUGACUACGACCAGGAUCAAAUUGAGAGAAUGGUUUUGGCUGCUAACCUUUGCAUUAGACAUACACCUAAGCUUCGGCCUCCAAUCAACCUUGUUUUGAAGCUUCUCCAAGGAGAUGAGGAAGUUACAAGGUGUGCAAGGCAACAGGUCAGUGCAUCAGAAGAACUUGAAGCAUUGGACGGAGAAGCACUUCCUUCUAACAUUCAAUCCCAUCUUAACCUUGCACUGCUAGACUUGGAAGAUGAUUCCCUUUCUACUAGCAGUGGUGAGCAAAGCAUCUCAUUAGAAGAUUACUUGCAAGGGAGAUGGAGCCGCUCGUCAAGCUUUAACUAGCCACCUUUUCAGUUUGAAACUCUUGAAAAUACACAUGGUGGUAUAUUAGUAGGGUUCCUUUGUACAUUCCUUUGUGUCUUUGUUCAGCCAGAGUUGUUGGUUGAGUCACUUAAACAAGGUCCUGGAAGUGAGGCUGUUCGCCAGAGGUUUGACCUCCUCCUUGAUCUAAUCGUUGUAUCGUAGCCUGAGUGUCUUAAGCUGUUUUGCCCUUGAAUUCACUAGUCUCUCUGUUCUUGAGGCAAAUGGAUUAGAGAAAAAAGUGGCAGGACACUGAGUAUCCGUUCUGUUCUGGUCAGCAUAAUAAUCGUUUCUUUCCAUAUGUUGUACAUGAAGGGUAUCUGAUAUUAGGAGAUAGGUCACGGCAUCCUUAACUUUCCGGAGUUUUCUUCUGUUUUCAUCUCAUCUUUUUAAUUGUAUUUUGCUACUAUUUUAAGUAUUUCUAUUGAA